CCCCUAAUAGUGACUAGGCUUCAUUUUGGGAAAGGGGUUUAGCUUUAGUAAUAAAAAUUGUUAAACAAUUACAAAUAAGCAACAAAAUGUCUGCAGCUGACAAAGAAAAGGAUAAGGACAAGGAGGAAACCAAGGAAAAGAGUGAAGACUUGGGUCUGUUAGAGGAGGACGAUGAGUUUGAAGAAUUUCCCGCUGAAGAUUUUCGCGUUGCCGAUGAUGUGGAAGAGCCAAAUGUUUGGGAAGACAACUGGGAUGAUGAUAAUGUCGAGGACGACUUUAGUCAACAGUUAAAAGCGCAUUUGGAAAGCAAGAAAAUGGAAACAUAACCACACAAAACGUUGUAUUUUAAGAAAUAAAUAUACAUUACAAUAUUUUAAUUUA